AUCGUAAUUGUCUUGCAGACGACGGUGAAGGCGGGAUGGCGCGUGGCGGGUAUCUGCUCUCAAAAAAGAACCAAACCACUGCAAACUGACAUGACAAAAGCAUACAAAACUACAGUUUUAACGGCAAGAUGUACAACAUGCAAACGACCUCGCGGAAGAUUAUUCUCCCAUUCGUCACUUCUGACCUAUUUGGAGAAAUUGAAAGAUUGUACUCCGAGGAAGGCAAAUUCAGCGACGAGUCAUUGCUAGCCUUGCAUGCUGUGUUUGGAGCCCCCUUUGAACGAGCACUUGAGAUGCUUGAAAAAGAUUGUGUAACUCUUCUGACCACUGCUAAUGAUACUCGACAAGCACUUCAGGUUUCAGGGGGACGUGGCGAGCUAUAUACACUAUUCCCAAAUAUCAAUUUUUGCCCCUGUCUUGCAUAUGCCCAUCAAGUUGUCACAUCUCGGAUUCAUGUAUCUUGUAAACAUGUACUAGCAGCAAGACUCUCUCAAGUUAUGGGUCGUACCACACGGAAAGAAGCAAGUCCUGAGGAAGUUGCUCGCAUCUUAUGUCUCUCAGCUCAUGCAGACAAGAGCAUUGAAGAUUUUUGAUAUUAGUCAACUACAUUUUUCUGUGACUUCAGGAUGUCAUUGUAUGUUUUGAAGGGGAAAAGUAAUGUGUUGUGUCAAUGACACUUCUUGUAUUUAGAUAUUUGAUUAUUUUUUCUUGAA